GUUCUCACUUCUGAGGUUAUAUCUUUAUGGUUCUCUGUUGUGCGAUGGCUGAUGUAGAGACAGCCGUACCGGAGGAGCCAGAGUGUCAGGAGGAAAUGACCGGAUGUCCCGUCAUCUCUCACGCCUCGGUCCACCGCAGGAACUCCGACUACAUGGUGGACCACUCGGACCCGAUGCUGGAGACCGCCAUGCCUGAUGAGAUGGAUUUUGCCCAGGUGUUGGCUGGAGAGAAAGAAGAGGCUCAGGAACAGGUGGACAUUCCUGUGGAGGACAUCCCGGUGGGGAAGGACAACCAACCAGAGCCUGAGGAGAGCAACAUCCUCACAUAGAGGA